ACGUCACAAGAUAAUUAAUAUAUUCCAUGUAAUCAAAUUUAUUUUCCACAUAGUUAUGUUUUUCACUGCAAGUUCAUAAAAAUAUCGAAGUAGUGGUGACGUCUUAAGUAGUAAAAAUAGUACCAAAAUGAAAACUAUCUUAAAUAUACCUUUAUUGGCCUUGCUUCUUGUGUUUAUAUUAGAUUUAGUAAAGGCAACAGAAUUAACGUUUGAGUUGCCUGAUAGUGCCAAAGAAUGUUUCUAUGAAGAAAUUCAAAAGAAUACAACAGCGACCUUAGAGUUUCAGGUCGUAACAGGGGGCCAAUAUGAUGUAGAUGUUCUGCUGGAAGGUCCACAAAAACAAAAGUUAUAUAGUGAAAUUAAGAGACAAUUUGAUUCUCAUACUUUCACAGCACCUACCACUGGAAUUUAUGUUGUGUGCUUCAGCAAUGAGUUCUCCACUAUCUCACAUAAACUGGUUUAUAUGAAUUUUGAAGUAGGAGAAGAGCAACCAUUGCCUGGAUUAGGUGAACAUAUGACUGCAUUAACACAGAUGGAAGCUUCUGCUCAAGAUAUUCACAAGUCGCUGAACUCAAUUGUGGACUUGCAAACACAUCAUAGAUUACGUGAAGCACAAGGAAGGAAAAGGGCCGAGGACUUGAAUGAAAAAGUUUUGUGGUGGUCUUUAAUGGAAACAAUGUGUGUUCUUGUAAUCUCAGUAGGACAAGUAUUUAUUUUAAAGAACUUCUUUACAGAAAAGAAACCUUUCAACUUAAAAUAGUACAAUUGUGUGUGAAGUUAAUAAAAAUUAAUAAUUGAUUAAAAGGUUUGUUAUCACAGGUUGUACAUUUCAUUCCAAUUUUGUUGUCUGUAGUAAUUGAUAUAUUUCUAAAGUUUGUACACUGUCUUAUUCAUAUGACUGUACUAAUAUUCAGUUGAUAUAGCAAAUUUUAAAUUAUUUUUGUUUUCAAUAAACCUGUAAAGAUGGAA